ACAUACAGGAAGAAGUUGAAUAAGUCCUAAACUAACUGCGUUUUCUGAAAUAACUCGUCAUCACUUUUUGGCACUUUCGCUGUUGCCUAGACUCUGAAAUGUGUAGAGCUGAAAGAAUGAGUUUAAGGACUUCUGCUGAAGUGGAUCCGCUGUGUUAACUCGUGGAUUUGCUGCUGCACUCUUCACAGAGACGUGUUUAGACGAUCUUAAAUGGGAAAGCAGGACUAACCCACAAACUGAGUGAAAAUGUCCGAGCACAGAUCCAGUUUUCUUCACAUUGGAGACAUUGUGUCUCUGUACGCGGAAGGCUCGGUGAAUGGCUUCAUCAGUACUUUGGGGCUCGUGGAUGAUCGGUGUGUGGUCCAGCCCGAUGCAGGAGACCUGGCAAACCCUCCUAAAAAGUUCAGAGACUGCCUCUUCAAGGUGUGUCCCAUGAACAGAUACUCGGCCCAGAAACAGUUCUGGAAGGCAAAACAAGGAAAACAGGGAAAUAACAACACGCAGGGAGACCUGUUUAAAAAGUUACAGCAUGCAGCAGAACUGGAGCAGAAGCAGAACGAGUCUGAGAACAAGAAGCUCCUUGGAGAAGUUGUCAAAUACAGUAAUGUCAUCCAGCUCCUGCACAUAAAGAGUAAUAAAUAUCUGACGGUCAACAAGCGUCUCCCUGCUCUGCUGGAGAAGAACGCCAUGCGGGUUUCCUUGGACCCGGCCGGGAACGAGGGCUCCUGGUUCUACAUCCAGCCCUUCUGGAAGCUCCGCAGCGAAGGAGAUAAUGUGGUGGUCGGAGACAAGGUGGUGCUGAUGCCAGUGAACGCGGGGCAGCCUCUUCAUGCCAGUAACAUCGAGCUGCUGGACAACAUCGGCUGCAAAGAGGUUAACGCCGUUAACUGUAACACCAGCUGGAAGGUCGCCUUGUUCAUGAAGUUUAGCGACUACAGGGAGGAUGUACUAAAGGGGGGAGACGUGGUGAGGCUGUUUCACGCCGAGCAGGAGAAGUUUCUGACUGGUGACGAGUACAAAAAGCAGCAGCACGUCUUCCUCAGGACCACGCUGCGGCAGUCUGCCACCUCCGCCACCAGCUCCAAGGCCCUCUGGGAGAUCGAGGUUGUGCACUAUGACCCCUGUAGAAGCGGAGCCGGCCAGUGGAACAGCCUUUUCCGCUUCAAACACCUGGCAACAGGAAAUUACCUCGCAGCUGAGGUGAACCCUGAAUUCAAAGACAACCAUGUGGAGCCCAAAGGAGAGAACGAGACAGAUAUUGUGUUCUCCAAGAAGAAGCAUCAGGCAGCAGAGAAGAUUGCUUUUACUCUGGUUUCUGUUCCCCAUGGGAAUGAUAUCGCGUCUCUCUUUGAACUGGAUGCCACCACUCUGCAGCGGGCCGACUGUCUGGUGCCCAGAAACUCCUACGUUAGACUGAGGCACCUGUGCACCAACACCUGGGUGACGAGCACCAACGUCCCCAUUGAUGCAGAGGAGGAGCGUCCAGUCAUGCUCAAGAUCGGCACCUGUCCCACUAAAGAGGAUAAAGAGGCGUUUGCCAUCGUUUCUGUUCCUCUGUCGGAGGUCCGAGACUUAGACUUUGCUAACGAUGCCAGCAAGGUCCUGGAGUCGACCGUGAGGAAGCUGCAGUACGGCAACAUCGCUCAGAAUGAGAGGAGGUUUGUAACUAAGCUCCUGGAGGACCUGGUCUUCUUUGUUUGUGUGGUACCAAACAACGGCCAGGAUGUGCUGUCUGUGGUCACCUCGACACCAAACAGAGAGAGGCAGAAACUCAUGAGGGAGCAGAACAUCCUCGCCCAGAUUUUUGGCAUCUUGAAGGCUCCGUUCAACGAAGAGGGUGACGGUCCGAUGCUGAAGUUGGAAGAUUUGGGAGACCAGCGCUAUGCUCACUUCAAGUACAUGUUGAGUCUCUGCUACAGGGUGCUACGCCACUCCCAGCAAGACUACCGCAAAAACCAGGAAUAUAUAGCCAAAAAGUUCUCAAUCAUGCAGUCUCAGAUUGGAUAUGAGAUUCUGGCUGAGGACACAAUCACUGCGCUGCUGCACAACAACCGCAAGCUGCUGGAGAAACACAUCACGGCCAAAGAGAUCGAGACCUUUGUCAACUUGCUGAGGCGCAACAGAGAGCCCAGAUUCUUGGACUACCUCUCUGAUCUGUGCGUGUCCAACAAGACUGCCAUCCCUGUCACACAGGAGCUUAUCUGUAAAUUUAUGCUGAACCCCACCAACGCAGAUAUCCUCAUCCAGACUAAGCUAAUCCCUAACACUGAGACCACCCUGGAGUCUUCUCUGCUGCAGGAGGAGGUGGAGGAGGAGGAGGUUUGGCUCUACUGGAUCGACAGCCACAAGGAACCUCACGGCAAAUCAAUCCGACACCUGGCUCAGGACGCUAAAGGCAACCACAAGAUGGAUGUAGAAACCAUCACCUACUACAGAUACCAGCUCAACCUGUUUGCUAAAAUGUGUCUCGACCGUCAGUACCUCGCCAUCAACCAGAUCUCCUGUCAGCUUCCAGUGGAUCUGAUCCUGCGCUGCAUGUUCGACGACUGCCUGCCCUACAACCUGAGAGCGUCCUUCUGCCGCCUCAUGCUGCACAUGCAUGUGGACCGGGAUCCUCAGGAGCCCGUGGUGCCGGUUCGCUACGCUCGCCUCUGGACCGAGAUCCCCUCCAAGAUCACGAUCCACGAGUUUGAGUACGAGACCACUGACACUUCAAGAGAUGAGAUGAAGAGCAAGUUCGCUCACACGAUGGAGUUUGUGGAGGAAUACCUCAAAGAUGUGGUCAGCCAGCGGUGUCCAUUUGGGGAUAAAGACAAGAAUGAGCUCACACUAGAGGUGGUGAAUCUGGCUCGUAACUUGGUUUACUUUGGUUUCUACAGUUUUAGUGAGCUGCUGCGCCUCACACGCACCCUGCUGGCCAUUCUGGAUAUUGUCCAGCACCCGCUCACCUUUGUGAACAAGCUCAACAAGAGCCCCGAGGCUGGCAACAAUGUCCUCCGUACAAUCCACGGCGUCGGGGAGUUGAUGACUCAGAUGGUGAUGAGUCGAGGGGUCCCUCACAGCCUCCCCGACACCCCUCCCUCCCUUCGCUACGCUAAAGGACACUUCCUGCCGGACAAUGAGGACGUCAUGGUGAUGGACACCAAGCUGAAGAUCAUCGAGAUCCUGCAGUUCAUCCUGAGUGUGAGGCUGGAUUAUAGGAUCACAUACUUGUUGUCCAUCUACAAGAAAGAGUUUGGGGAGAAGAGCAUAACUGAAACCUCUGGCUCUGUGGCUGACUUGCUCCCAUUCAUUCCUCCUGAACCCGACAUAGAUGAGAUCGCAACCAAAGCAGAGAGCAUGUUUGCAGGAAGCUCAGAGCUGAGUGCGGUGGAGCUGGACGACGAGGGUGGCAGGACGUUUUUGAGGGUUCUGAUCCAUCUCAUCAUGCAAGAUUACCCCCCGCUGGUGUCUGGCUCACUGCAGCUGAUCUUCAAGCACUUCAGCCAGCGAGCCGAGGUGCUGCAGGCCUUCAAGCAGGUCCAGCUGCUUGUGUCCGAGCAGGAUGUAGAGAACUACAAGCAGAUCAAAACAGACCUGGACCAGCUGCGUCUGACCGUGGAGAAGUCCGAGCUGUGGGUGGAGAAGAGUGGAGUCUACAACGGUGAAGAACUCGGGGUCAGACAGGACAAGGAGCAGAACAUCGAGGAAGUUGUGCUGAGCCCUGUGCAGGACGGAGAUAACAAACCUCAAAUUGAUUGCAACAAAGCAAACAACUACAACAUCGUCAAAGAGAUCCUGCUGAGACUCAGUAAGCUGUGUUACCCGAGUAAGAAGAGUCGUGUGCAGCAGCAGAGGCUCCUGAAGAACAUGGGGGCCCACACCGUGGUGCUGGACCUUCUGCAGAUCCCCUACGAGCAGAGUGAUGAGAAAAUGAACGAGAUCAUGACCCUGGCUCACACAUUUCUGCAGAAUUUCUGCAGAGGAAACCCUCAGAAUCAAGUUCUUCUGCAUAAAAACCUCAACCUCUUCCUCACUCCAGGGCUGCUGGAAGCGGAGACGAUGCGUCACAUCUUCAUGAAUAACUUCCUGCUCUGCAAUGAGAUCAGCGAACGCGUGGUCCAUCAUUUUGUCCACUGCAUUGAAACACACGGACGGCACGUUCAGUACCUCAAGUUCCUGCAGACCAUUGUGAAGGCCGACGGGAAGUAUGUGAAGAAAUGUCAGGACAAAGUCAUGACAGAGCUGGUUAAUGGAGGCGAGGACGUGCUGGUGUUCUACAAUGACCGCUCCUCGUUCCCGGUGCUGCUGCAGAUGAUGGGCUCUGAGCGAGAGCGGACGGAUGAGGACGGCGCUCUGGCCUACCACAACACGCUGGUGGAGCUGCUGGCCGCCUGCACCGAAGGCAAGAACGUCUACACCGAGCUGAAAUGCAACUCUCUGCUGCCCCUCGACGAUAUUGUCAAAGUUGUCACAGACGUUCACUGUAUACCAGAGGUGAAAACUGCCUAUGUGAACUUUGUGAAUCAUUGCUACGUGGACACAGAGGUGGAAAUGAAGGAGAUCUACACCUCCAACCACAUCUGGAAGCUCUUUGACAACUUCCUGGUGGACAUGUCCAGUGUGUGCAACACGACCACAGACCGUAACCACGCCGAUCUGGCCUUGGAGAAGUAUGUGACAGAGACGGUGAUGGCCAUUGUCAAAGGUUUCUUCAGCUCACCUUUCUCUGUCAACCACUCCAAUCUGCAGACAAACCAGUCGGUCUUCAUCAAGCUGCUCCAGUCUUCUUUUAGGAUCUACAACUGCAACUGGAUCAGCUCAGCUCAGAAGGUUAAUAUCGAGAGCUGUAUCAAGACACUGGCUGACGUCGCUAAGGCGCGGGCCAUAGCCAUCCCUGUGGAUCUGGACAGUCAGGUCAACACUUUGUCUCUGAAGGUCCACAGCAACAUGGUGCAGCGAGCGGCCAAGGACUGGAGGAUCUCUGCACGCACACGACCACGCAAGGAGCCCCUGGGCGGCCCCGACUACAAGAACAUUAUUGAGAAGCUGCAGGGGGUCGUGUCCCUCCUGGAGGAGCAGUUCAGUCCAAAGGUUCAGGCGGAGUUUUCUGUGCUGGUCGAUGUUCUGCACAGCCCCGAGCUGCUGUUUCCAGAGGCCGCUCGCUUACCCUGCGAGAGCGGAGCGUUCAUGUCUAAACUGAUUAAACACACCAAGAAGCUGAUGGAAAAAGAGGAGAAGCUGUGUAUUAAGAUCCUCCAGACGCUGCGAGAGAUGCUGGACAAGAAGGAAUGCAUUCAGGAGUCUGGAAAUGAUUUGAGAAAGAUCCUCCUCACACGCUACUAUGGAAAUCAAAAGCUUCUCUCCAAGCCGGAGCUCGGGAGUGGAAACAGCUCAUCUGGCGGCUUUGUCAAGCCUUCAUCCGGAGGAGGUUCCCCCAUGCUGGACUCUGACAAACCCUGCAGCAGUGUGAUGGAGAUUCAGUGUCUCCUGGACAACGUCGGCACAUCAGAGCUUGUGAUCGACCUCAUCGUCAACACAAAGAACGACCGAGUGUUCGAGGAGAGCAUCCUAUUGGGCAUCGCGCUUCUGCAGGGCGGAAACACACAGAUACAGAACUCCUUCUACAGCCAGCUGUACAAGCAGAAGAAGUCCGAGGGGUUCUUCAAGGUUUUCUACGACCGCAUGCGUCUCGCGCAGCAGGAGAUCCGAGCCACCGUGUCCGUCAACAUGUUCGAGCUCAGCUGCAGGAAAAGGGACGACGAUGGCGACGUCAGCGGCAUCCGGUUCAAGAAAGGAAAAGACUCGGGGCUUCACAUAAGGGAGGACAUGCGUGGGCAGCUGAAAGAGGCCUCAUCAGUGACCUCAAAGGCCUUCUGCGCCUUCAGAAGGGAGCUGGAUCCAGACCUGGAAGGCCUCGGCCAGAACAGCGAGUUAAUUGGGGCUGACGAGGCUCCGGAGGAAACACAAAUGAGCCCGGCCAUCACCAUCAUGAAACCGAUCCUGCGUUACCUGCAGCUGCUCUGUGAGAACCACAAUUCAGACCUGCAGAACUUUCUGCGCAACCAGAACAACAAGACAAACUACAAUCUGGUGUGUGAGACUCUUCAGUUCCUGGACUGUAUCUGCGGGAGCACCACCGGAGGUCUCGGGCUGCUCGGCCUUUAUAUCAAUGAGAGCAAUGUGGACCUGGUGCGCCAAACCCUGGAGACCAUCACAGAGUACUGCCAGGGACCCUGCCAUGAAAACCAGACGUGUAUAGCCAAGCAUGAGUCAAACGGCAUUGACAUUAUCAUAGCUCUGAUUGUCAACUCCAUCAACCCCCUGGAGAAGCAUCGUCUGGACCUGGUGCUGCAGCUCAAGAACAAUGCCUCCAAGCUCCUAUUGGCCAUCAUGGAGAGUCGCCAUGACAGCGAGAACGCAGAGAAGAUCCUGUACAAGAUGAGACCCACCGAACUGGUGGAUGUGAUGAAGGAAGCGUACGCUCAGGGUCUGGAGAGCGAGGAGGACGAGGACGGUGCUGGAGACCAGAUCAAGCCCAGAGACGUCGGACACAACAUUUACAUCCUGGCCCAUCAACUGGCACGGCACAAUAAGAUCCUGCAGCAGAGCCUGAGGCCGGGGUCUGUGUUGGGAACCGUGUGUGUGGUCGACCCCGACAAUGAAAAGGACGACGCCCUUCAUCAUUAUGCCAACCACACAGCCCAGAUAGAGAUUGUGCGUCAUGACCGCACCAUGGAGCAGAUCGUGUUUCCGGUGCCUAACAUCUGCGAGUACCUCACAGAGGAGUCCAAGGUGCGAGUGUUCACCACCACAGAGAGAGACGACCAGGGCAGCAAGGUGAACGACUUCUUCCAGCAGUUUGACAACCUCUACAACGAGAUGAGGUGGCAGAAGAAGAUCCGCAAGAAUAAGGCUCUGUUCUGGUUCUCGAGACACAUCUCUCUGUGGGGGAGCAUCUCCUUCUACCUGGCCUGUCUGGUCAACAUCGCCGUGGCUGUGUUCUACCCCUUCGGUGACGAUGGAGAUGAAGGCACCUUGUCCCCGUUCUGGAAUAUCUCUCUGUGGGUGGCACUGGGGGUGUUCACCGCGUUACUUCCUGUCUUACCUAAGCCGUGGGGCAUCCUGUUCUUUCUGGUCUCCCUCAUUCUACGUGCCAUCUACACUAUGGGCCUCGCUCCCGCCCUGCUGUUGCUGGGUACUGUCAAUCUUUUCAACAAGUUGGUCUUUCUUGUGAGUUUUGUGGGCAACCAGGGGACGUUCACUCGAGGCUACAAAGCAGUCGUAAUGGACAUGCUCUUUAUCUACCAUCUGGGCUACGCCUUCAUCUGCGUCCUGGGGCUCUUUGUGCACGAGUUCUUCUUCAGCUUUCUGCUGUUCGACCUGGUGAUCCGAGAGGAGACGCUGCUCAACGUGAUCAAAAGUGUGACGAGAAACGGCCGCUCCAUCAUCCUGACGGCCGUUCUCGCCAUCUUCCUCGUCUACUUCUUCUCCAUCAUCGGCUUCCUCUUCUUCAAGAACGACUUCCGCAUGGAGGUGGACCACCUUCUCCCGCCAGGAAAAGGGGAAUUAUUGAGUAGCAAAGGAGUUCCUGGCACAUGUGUGAAAGAUAGCUGCCCUGAUGCAACACCAGAUGAAGACGACGAGAUAGAGCGCGUGUGCGACACUCUGCUCAUGUGCAUCAUCACAGUGUUAAACCAGGGACUCCGUAAUGGAGGAGGUGUGGGAGACAUUCUCAGGAGACCCUCCAGACAGGAGCCACUGUUUGCAGCGCGGGUGGUUUAUGACCUGCUGUUCUUCUUCGUCGUCAUCAUCAUCGUUCUUAACCUCAUCUUUGGCGUCAUCAUCGACACCUUCGCUGACUUGAGGAGCGAGAAACAAAGGAAGGAGGAGAUCCUGAAAACCACCUGUUUCAUCUGUGGGCUGGAAAGAGACAAGUUCGACAACAAGACGGUGUCCUUCGAGGAGCACAUCAAAUCUGAACACAACAUGUGGCACUACCUUUACUUCCUGGUCCUGGUGAGGGUGAAGGAUCCGACCGAGUACACCGGCCCUGAGAGCUACGUGGCCCAGAUGAUCGCGGAGAAGAACUUGGAGUGGUUCCCCAGGAUGAGAGCCAUGUCUCUGGUGAGCAGCGAGGGAGACAACGAGCAGAACGAGAUGCGCUCUCUGCAGGAGAAGCUGGACAGCACCAUCACUCUGGUGAUGCAGCUGUCAGGCCAGCUGUCUGAGCUCAAGGAACAGAUGACAGAACAGAGGAAGAACAAGCAGAGGCUUGGGUUUCUGGGUCCUCCUCAGCCCAACCAUCACAUCCCGAGCCACUGAGACGCUCCGACAGGACACAGUGAUGGGACCAGAGGAGUGUGGGUAAAUACCACAUGAGAGAGCCAAGACACACAGAAACUUCAGAACAAUACAAGAACUACAAGAACUACAAGAACUACAAGAACACUUAAGAGUAGUUCAAGAGGGACAGUUUUAACAUGGUGCCUUUACUAUGACACAAACCCGUCCUGUGCCUUCAGAAUCCCUUUAUUGACUGUGUGUACACCCCAACAGAGGAACUGAGUGACUGGCCCGGCACGGCACACAUCUACCAGUGUAGUGCUCGAGUGCCAGAGAGAGGUCGAGGGUUGUUAAGGGGCGAGGUUAACGGUUAAGUGCUGUCAAGUCUGUGGACGGCCGUCUCUCCUCGGCUGUCUCAGCGCCGACGUGUCAGAGAGCGAGGCCGAGCGAGCGCGCAGCCUGGUGCUGAACACAGUGUGUGUGUGCCAACAUAAAGUAUUCUCCCCUUUAUGUUUUCAUUCUCUGAUAGUAUUAUAGAGAACACUUUACAUUAAUAACUGGAGUAUUAUUUUUUUGCCUUUUUGAAAAAAACAACCAUGCUGCCUUACUCGUUAACUUUUAUAAACCUACAACUGCUAAUAGUUCUCUUUUUUAAAAACAAAAAGAGGAAACACAUGAAAGCUUCUAACUGGAAACAUGGUUAAAUGUGUGGGUAUUAAUUUAGCAUGCUUUGUGUUUAGAAAUUGCCUUCACUGCAUCAUCUCAGUUGCCUUUUACAGAUUUAUAUAAGUGACAUAAAUGUGAAUAGAAAUAAUAACGACCUGUGCAGAACUUACUUGAAGAUCCUUUUUUAAAUUUAAAUCUUACGUCGGUACAAAGUGCAGUGAUGACUGAGGAUGGUAAGCUCAUACUGUAAUGUUUAACUGUAUCUGCUCGUAUCAUCUUCUUCCUCUACUGUUUUUUUUAACUUGUCAAUCAUCCUCACGUGUCUCUCUUGGAGUGCGAUUGAUUGUUUAGUGUGUACUUCUGUUUUAAACUUGCACAAACUAAACGGCAGAAUGUGAUUCUAACUGUCCGGUGACACUUCCUGUUUCAGUAUGAUGUAUAGAGAGAUGUGUUUUUAUGUGGUCUGGUGUAAUAAACGUGUAAAAACAA